GAGCCUGGCGUGUGUGCGAGGCUGAGGAGGGGUGCCGGUGUCCUAUAAUCUCAGUUGUACCUCGUAACGGGAGGCACGGCCACAGCAGCCUGAUUUCAGAGCUCCAACUUGAAAAGACUCCACCGAGGCAGGCUCGGCUCUCAGCCCGCAGGCGCUAUGGGAUGGAGCUGCUGCCCUUUUCUCGUCUCCGAGCGCUGUUGCCAUGAGCUGAUGAUGUGUGUUUGGAUGUGCUGGGCUCUGUGAAGGAGAGCGGCCGGUGCUGAUCAGCCUUUCCCUGAGCUGCACGGGGGUGGAUCUGGCCUAAACCAAUAAAAAUACUCGGUGGAUGAUGCGAUGCUGAUGUUUGACAAGACAACCAACCGACACCGAGGGUUUGGAUUUGUCACAUUUGAAAGUGAAGACAUUGUGGAAAAAGUAUGUGAAAUCCACUUCCAUGAGAUUAACAACAAAAUGGUGGAGUGCAAAAAAGCCCAGCCCAAGGAGGUGAUGUCCCCAACGGGCUCAGCACGAGGGCGGUCCCGAGUCAUGCCUUACGGGAUGGAUGCCUUCAUGCUCGGGAUCGGCAUGCUGGGUUAUCCAGGCUUCCAAGCUGCCACCUACGCGAGUCGAAGUUACACUGGCAUUGCACCUGGUUACACUUACCAGUUCCCUGAGUUCCGUGUAGAGCGGACCCCUCUCCCGAGUGCCCCCGUCCUCCCUGAGCUCACAGCAAUCCCCCUCACUGCGUAUGGACCAAUGGCAGCAGCAGCGGCUGCGGCAGCUGUGGUGCGAGGGACAGGUUCCACCCCCAGUCGCACCGGUGGAUUUCUGGGCACCACCAGCCCUGGGCCGAUGGCAGAGCUUUAUGGAGCCGCCAACCAGGACUCAGGGGUCAGCAGUUACAUCAGCGCUGCCAGUCCAGCCCCGAGCACUGGCUUUGGCCACAGCCUAGGGGGUCCCUUGAUUGCAACAGCUUUUACCAAUGGGUAUCACUGAAGCUGGGGACCAAGGAGGCAGGAGAUUCCCCAGUGACCCAACCGAGGACAGCGGCUGGAGGGUCUGGUGAGCCUCGGGGGAUGAGCCACGGUUCCCUUCUUCUUGAAUCAAACUGCACACCUGCCGGCUGGCUGCCAGGCUCCUGCCGCCCUGCCCUGAUCUCUCCCUUUGACCAGACCACACUGGACUGAACCCGAGGAGAUCAUCUCGCUUUCUUACUAACCGCCGACGGUUUACGCUUCCCCCUUCCCUGCCCCCAGCCCACCGGUUCUUCUUUUAUUUAUUUUACUAGCUGUUAGUUUUAUUUUUUUAUUUUAUUUUUUUAUCUUUUUUUGGGGGGCUCCCCCUUCUUUUUGUUGUUUGCUCUUUCCCGAGCUAGUAGACAUAUUUUAUGAAUUGGCUUUGUGAUUGUGUUAGGUAGUUUUUAUCGAGGAGUAUUUUUAUUUGGCUUUGAAACUGUUUUGAAUAUUUUCAACUCUGUUGUUGUUGUCGUCAGUGUUUUUAAAGCACGGUAUGUAAUGAGAAUGCAGUUCUGAAGGAAAGAAAGAGACGCAGAGAGAGCAAAAGCUGAGAGGAACUGAUGUAUUUCUAUUUUUUUUAAAGAAACUGUUUUUAAUUGUUUCUGUUUUGUAAAUGUGAGGCUUUGAAAAGUGUGAAACUCCAAGGAUCCGAAAACGUUGGACAUCGCUAUGGAACAAAACAAAUGUAUAUUUUGCUAAGUGAAAAACACUAUCUUACAGCUGAAAGAAUUUUGUUUUCCUAGGUUUAGUUUUACGUGGGAUUUUCUUUUUCCUCCUGUAUAAUAUGUAAAUAUCGCGAGCUGAACCUGGCUGCCACGCGCAGCCUGGCUCCGAGGAGCAGCUCCAGGUCCUGGACUUGGUGCCGCAGUGUGAGCAAUACUCUCCAGCAGAAUCCUGACAGGACUCCGUUCUUUUUUUGUACACCUUUUACUGUAAGAUUUUAAGACCUCUGAUGAGAUGAGAGGGGGGUGGGGUGGGUGAGACGUACCGGCCAUCGGCUGUGUUGCUGAGCGGGUUAAAGCUGCUUCCAAUCGCUCGAUGUACAGACUCCGUCACUGGGCUCCGUAGUGCCAGUGUCUGGUUUGGCUUUAGAUAAAGGGCUUCACCGCCACCGUUUGUCUUGGUUACUUUGAAAGGAAUCCACUCUCCAAACGCUAUCGCUUGCGUCAAGAUUGCCUGGGAAAGGGGAUCCUCCUCCGGAGGCGAGGGUAUUGGAAGGGGAGUCAGCCAGGGCCGGGGGGAGGUGGGGAUGGUUGUUCUGUAAGGGCAGGGUGCUGGGUUGGGGAGUUGUUAAUGGGGAGAAAAGCAUUAGGGUGGUGAUUUGGGGGCGGGUUAAGGGCUUCUCAGGGAUUAUAUGAAAUAUAGAAUCGCAGCUUCCCAUUUGCUUUACUCUGUGUUCUGAAGACUGUGGGAAUUUGUCCGUUGUGCUGUGCGGAGGUGAUCUGGUCCCUUCUCCAGAACCUGCAGGGACUUCCCCUGGCACGAUCCAGGCCCCAGCCGGGGAACGCUGUGCCAGGGGAAGCCUCCAGCAGGAGCACACGGGGCAGGUUUGGGUCUGGAUUUCAGUGAACCAAAGACCUUGUUAAGGGGGGUGAUUGAGCCUUUCAUUAAGAUGCAGCCAAACUCUUUUCCCAGGGAAAUAACAGCUUCAUCUUAAGUUUUAAAAAUCAUUCCCUCUCUUCCCCCAAACUGAGCCCUUGUAAGGGAGAGGGGUAUUUGAAAAAGGACUGAGAGGGCCAUCGUGCCCACAGGGCUCUUCUCUUCCAUCCCUCCCCCUGUGUGCCGGAGCUUUUCCUGACCUGGGUGAUACGUUUGGAGAGUUCUGUUUAGGUAAGAGGGUACUUAACAGAUUAGUACUGAAAACACAAAGCAAUAAUUUUUGUUACUGAGACAAGAGUCUGUAUGUCUGUUUUUUUAAAUAUUUCCUAAUGAAAGAAGAGCUGCAUUUUAUUGGGUUUAUUUUUAUUCUAUAUACUUCAAAUUUGGGUCUGCGGACAGCGCUUUCCUCCCUCUUGGUACAUGCGCUGAACUGCUUCUGUGCCCCCUCCAGACAUCCCAGGCCAGCUGUGCUGCCGCUGGGCUGUGAGUCACUCGCUGGCCAGUGCCGCCACUGCCUGGAGGCUGGGGCUCCGCUUUCAGGGUGGGCAUUUUUUUAAAAAGAAAUAAAGCUGUGUUUUUAAGCCAGUAAGUUAUUACACUCCAAUGUUUGUUCUCUCCACACCUGUAACCCUUUUUUUCCAGAUUUCAGUUUUAAAUUCCUAAUAAAUUAUUUGAAAACUG